AUGUAAGCGCACCCUCAGGAAGCUCGCUCGGGUCAGGGAGCGCGCAGGAGUCCGGGGUGGGCCGAGAGACGCGCAGACGGUUCGAAAGUGCACAGAGUGGAGCCGGCCCUCCGCCUCCCUGGACUCAGCUCCUCUCACCGUGGGUCCUGGACUAUCAUUUCAGACCAGCUCCGUGUCAGUUCGGACUGUUUUCAGAUGUGACUUGUUCGCACUUUUCGGUCACUGUUUGGUUUGUGUGGUUCACAAUGAUGAGGCGGUGAGUGAAAGCGUGCGUAAAUCUUGUGCCCAAAAACAUUUUGCGCAUUAAAUCUACACACACUUGACAAGCUGCGGUUUGGCAGCGCCUCCCCGCACGUGUUUGUCGCUGCGGAUGUCGGUCAGGUGAGCGCAGAGCUGCCGUCCAGGUGGAUGAGAUGUGACCAUGUCCUUUACGCACCGGCUCGCUCUGCUGCUGCUCGGCUUCACCUUCAUCCACACGGUUAAUGGAAAGUUUCCUCACUGCCAGUUCCACUGGGAGAUGCAGAAAGCCAGCAGAGAGUGUCAGACACAACUGCAGCAGCAGACACCUACUGGCACAGGAUGUCGUGGCGAGUGGGACAAUGUGUCUUGUUGGCAGAACGCGGCGGUUGGCGAGGUGAUAACCAUCCUUUGCCCCUCCCCCUUCCUGCACCUGUUUGGAAAAAAUGGUAACCUCAGCCGGAACUGUACAGACCAAGGCUGGUCUAAUGUCUACCCUCCCGUCAUCAUUGCCUGCUGGUCAGACAACACAGAUGAACCCAGAGAGCUGGUCUUUUACAGGGUGGUGAGGAUACUGUCCACUCUGGGACACAGCCUGUCCCUCAUCGCUCUGCUCACCAGCACCAUCAUCAUCUGUUUGUUCAGGAGACUCCACUGUACGAGAAACUACAUCCAUCUGAACUUGUUUGUAUCGUUCAUGCUGCGAGCCGUAGCCGUGCUGACCAAAGACACGCUGCUCUUCUCAGACGAUGAAACCACUGACUGCAGCACCCAGCCCUCGCUGGUGGGCUGUAAGGCCAGCCUGGUGUUCUUCAACUACUUCAUCAUGGCUAACUUCUUCUGGCUGCUGGUGGAGGGUCUCUACCUGCACACUCUGCUGCUCAUCAUCCACAACAACUGCGUCCGCCUCUCCACCUACAUGUUCAUCGGCUGGGGAAUCCCUUGUGUUUUCAUGGUCGCGUGGAUCAUAUGUAGGAUCAACCUGGAUGACACAUGGUGUUGGGAGAUGAAUGAGAACCCCAUCCCCAACAGACUGCUCAACUGGCCCAUCAUUGCAUCUGUCAUUGUCAACUUCAUCUUGUUCAUCAGCAUUAUCCGCAUCCUGGUGCAGAAACUGCGCUGCACUGACGUUGGAGGAAAUGAGCAAUCGCAGUACAGACGUCUGGCUAAAUCCACCCUCCUGCUGAUCCCUCUGUUUGGGAUAAACUACGUGGUGUUCGUCUACCUGAUGGAGCCGUCUGACAAAAACAUGUAUUACAUCAAGAUCUUCUUUGAACUCGGCCUCGGAUCCUUCCAGGGUCUGAUAGUGGCUAUCCUCUAUUGUUUCCUCAACAGCGAGGUCCAGAGCGAGCUGAGGAGGACGUGGAGGAGUUUUUCUCUCAAGCGUUACGUUGGGCGGGACUACAAGCUGCACGGCAUGUCAGUCAGCCGAAACGGCACAGAAAACUCUGCUCAGUUGCCCAGGAACUCCAGAGCCCAGUCCAUCCUGCAGACCGAGACCACCAUGAUCUGACCGGGGGACAGAGACGACUCCUAACAACAGAGGUUCAAAGUCUUACUCAAGGACACUUUUAUAGACAUAUCGUUUGCUAGUGGAGGGACUGAAGCUGUGAUCUGCAGUGGUCUGAUCAGUUGUCCUCAGCAUGUCUUCAUUUCAUUAGACACAUGAAACAGUGCCUCCUGAAGGCUGAAAUCAUGCAGAAUAAAUACCGGCAACUUUAAUAUCAUUAAACAUGACACCCAAAAAAUAAACAAAGCAAUCAAACAAACAACACACAUAUUCUCAGCUGUAAUAUAUUCCUGGGAGAGAGCUGUGUGUACCAUCUGCAGAGCCACUCAACACCAUUUUUAACUGUAAUAGUGAGACAGCUAUGUAUAUUUUUUGUGACUGUUUUCCACAAAGAUUAGAAACAAACCAAAAAGAAUUUAUGUAUUCAAAAUAUGUUGCUUUAUUUUAUAAAUAACCAAAAAAUUAUGACAUGUGGGCAAGAAUCACUGAUUUUGACUUUAUUAAUUAGUAUUAUUGUUGCUAUUUUAGUAGGUCCAAGGAAGGAAGACUGUCCAGACCAAUGCCACAAUCAUUUCACUUUAGAUUCCACCUAAAUAUUAACUGCAUUUGGCCACAGUGGUCCUGCACCUUUUUUGCUUAUGACCCCUCUUAGGUUCCAAUGUCUACCAGCAUAUUUGCAUUAUUUUAAAGAAAGUUUGUGCUUUCCUACUUUGAUCAAUCAUCUCACAACCUCUCGGAUUUAGCUUUUCGAUAUGGAGGAUACAACUUACUGUAAUGCGUGUGACUCAUGAUUGUCCAUUUUUUUUAUGUUUAUUUUAUGUUUCUUUAUGUUUCCUAGCAAAUUAAUAAUAAUUAUAUACAUGAUCUGGAACUUCAGAUGACCAUGGGACACAAAAAUAUUCAGUACAAGAGAAUUAUUGAUAAAUUAAUGAAAAUGGACAGAAAAAUGACCUUCCAUCAUAUCAGGAUCCUCAAGGAUCCUAAAAUAGAGACUGAUGAUAAAUGAAAGUUACAGGAAGAAUAUCAGCAAACAGAUUGGUCACUCCAACGGUAUCCAGUAGACACCAGGGGUUUCAGUUCUACUUACACACAGCCAAAAACCACUUUUGCCUUGAGCGUGUUGUGUGAAUAUAUUGUGUGUAUUUUUGUUUAGUUUUUUGGAUUUUAUUAAUGUUGGUUUUGUACAUGAGGUUGAGGGAGAUUUGUACAUUUUUCAACACACCUGUUAACCUGUGACUUCAUAUGUUUCAUGUAUAAAAGCUUUUAUCAGGGA